AUGUCUGCUAACCGUAUAGCAAAAGCGAAAAAGAAAUCUACCGAAAACCGUCACGCCCUUUUAACCACUAUUUCAUCACUUGGUGUCAGAAUCAUGCCUUGUUUGAACUGCAUGAGUCAUAGUCUGACUGAUCAGUGUAUUCUUAAUCCUGAGAAGUCUAACUGUUGUGAGCCUUAUGCAAAGGCUGGUUAUUCUUGUGAUGGUCAUGGUUUAUCGUUGUCGGCGGCUCGCAAACUUGCCGAUAAGAAAUGUCAAUUAGAGCGAGAUAAGGAGGCUGCUGAAGAGGAGCUAAUUCGUCUCCAAGCCGAGUCUUCUCGUAUUCAUAAUAAAAUGAAUGCUCAAUUCUCAAAGAUCACUCGUUUAAGGCGACAGCGUCGUUAG